GUACAAUACAAUUAAUCUUAUUCCCUAGAACUUUUCAUGCUUUUCAUGCCAGACGAGGGCAAUACAACUUCCAAUUCCAUUGUCCUCUUUUGCAAUAACCUCCAUACUCUAUUAACACCAUCAACCACAAGACGCCUAUCAAUGUUUGUCCGUAUCGUUCGACUUGUGGCAUGCCCAACCACUACUGUUUCUUCAACGGGGUUAUCAUCCACUGAUAAUUCUCUUGGUCUCGCCGUGAGGUCAAGCCUAGCGAGCACGACGUCGUAUUGCAGCAGCUGAAUUGAAAUGGUUCGGCGACUCACACGUUGAGCUGAAAAAAGGUUCCCUGCACGUCUUCUGCAGAUUCUGCAAAUAAACACGAACACCGACCAGCCAAUCUUUUGUAACUUAAUAAUUAAUCGACUCUACAACCCGAAUUCUCGUUGGGCACUAAUAUCCCGAUAAUACCGCCCACGGGUACCCAAGCCACUGACCCAAGCACCAUGGCAUCCGAAGCCGGUCCUUCUAGGCUUCCUAUCCUCUCUCCUCUCGAGAUUCCGAACCAUCCUGACGUUGUCUCUCGACCUAGAGCAAAUUCGAAACCAAAACCCAGAUCGGCAGUUGACCCCGUUCUUCGUAAUGCAUUACGAUAUACCAUCUCGGCUCGCGAGUAUGAGACACUCCACAAAUAUGUUCUAUCGCGAUCGCGUCUCCUAAGGAAGAGAAUGCCGAGUGUGAAUACCGUCGAGAAGUAUAUGGAUGGCGGUAGGAGAGCAUCCGUAUCAGGCCACGAUGCGGGUAGAGGUAAAGGAAAAGAGAAGGCUGCAAACAGAAGCAUCAGCAGGGGAGAUACGUAUAAUGCGCGUACCAUCAGGGAUGUUUUACGCGUCUUCGUCGCAACCGGAUUAGGGAUGAGAGCCUACGAGGCUAUAUUAGCAAGGGUAAAAGGACAGAAAGGAGCGGCUACGUCAAGGAAACAACCAUUCUAUAAGUCUUCUGGCCUUCGACUGUCGCUGUCUCUAUCUACCAUCUUACUCCUCUAUCGCCUCCUAUUCCGCUUCCUAAGCCGAUUGCGAGCCCACCUACUAGACGCAUCAGCAGCGCCAUUCCGUAAUCGUAAUCCGAAGACGUACCAGACAUUGACAUCGCCAUACGCCCCAGCAGUUGGGGCCAGCUUGGCCGGGCUAGCUCUGGGCAUAUAUCCCUCGCAGCAGCUACGAGUGACAUUGGCCAUCGCAGCCAUUUUCCGCGCUCUCGAAUUUGGCUGGAAUUUGUGCGAGGAUCAGGGUAUGAUAUGGGGCUGGAAGACCCGAGCUGGUGGGAAAGGCGUCGUCAAACGAGAGCGGCCGUGGUGGUGGGGAAGCUGGAUGCUUCAGCCCUUUGCUUUCGGGCAGCUCUUACACGCCGUCGUCUUCGACCGAGAAUCUUCUCCGGUCGGCCUCGUCGACUUCAUUUGGAAGAAUACCUCCACCUACCUCCACAAGGCCCCAGAGAAUCUCCCCGCUGGCAUCAGAUGGCCAGACGUGUGGGAGAUUACUGACAGCCUGGCCCGGAUGGCUAAACUUAAUUGGCCGCCGUUCGUCUCACCGACCUUAUUCCCCGACCAACCAACCCUACCUCCAUCUCUAACCGCAGUUGCUCCUUUAACCUCGCAAGCCCACCCUCUCAUCACUUCUCUCAGCUGCGCUACCCUACAUCCUUCGGACCCUUCGUGCCUCCGCACUUAUCUCGCCUUCUGGGUACGCUCGUUUCCGCGUAUGGGUCGCUUCUUCCUUCUCUUCUACUCCGUACUCAUGUUGCCACGCUACAAACUUCUGUACAACUCGCCGCUAUACCUCUUGAACCGCCUAUUAUCAAGGGUACUCCGUGUUUCGACAUUCGCUACAGGUGCAAUCUCCACAGCAUGGGCUAGCAUUUGCUUCUUCCAAUCUUGGUUCCCGCGCACGUUCCUUCCGACCCAGCGGUUCUUCUUGGGCGGAUUCUUAGCAGGUCUCUGGGCUUGGGUAGAACGCAAGGAGGGCCGGGGCGUGUUCUUAUACAGCGCACGAGCGAGCGUGGAUUCGUUGUGGAAGGUGGGCGUCAAGCGUCGCUGGUGGCGCGCCAUGAAGGGAGGAGACGUGUGGGUAUUCGUCCUGGCGCUUGCUAUCACGGGCGCCGUGUACGAAAGGGACGCGCGGGCCAUUCGCGAGAGUCGAGUGCGGAAAGGGCUCAGCUGGAUUCGUGGUACGGAGUUUACAGACUGGGGGCUCGAAGACGACGAUGAGACUGAGGCAGAGGCUGAUAAGGAAGAGUAAUCUGCAAGUCAUAAAUGGAAGAAGGAAGGUAAAUUUUCAAAGCUACUAGCAAGUGGCCCUAAUGAGUGAUGGCGGAAUGAGACAUGAAUGUUCACUUAUAUACCUUGGGUACCUAUUUAAUAUAGGUUCGAUAUGCACAUACUACUAUUCGGUACAUAAUAUCAGAUUCCAAAAACAGCAGAAGAUACGAGGUUUGACUCGGUGUG